AUGACGGACGCCCUUGCGGAUAAGCUCAACCUCGCCCACAUCAGCGAAGGCACAAAUGAUGACUGGAAGAAGGCGCUCAAAAUUCCUGCGAAAGACGGCAGGAAACAAACUGAAGAUGUAACGAACACCAAGGGCCUCGAAUUCGAAGAGUUUGGUCUCAAGCGCGACCUAUUAAUGGGUAUCUUCGAAGCCGGUUUCGAGAAGCCUUCCCCUAUCCAAGAAGAAGCCAUCCCCGUUGCCCUCACCGGCCGAGACGUACUUGCACGAGCCAAGAACGGAACCGGAAAGACUGCUGCCUUCGUCAUCCCCGCUCUCCAACGCAUCAACCCCAAAGUUUCCAAGAUCCAAUGCCUCAUCCUUGUCCCCACCCGAGAACUGGCGAUGCAGACGUCACAUGUCUGCAAGUCGCUAGGAAAGCACCUAGGAAUCAACGUCAUGGUCACCACCGGAGGAACCGGUCUUCGCGAUGACAUUAUCCGACUUCAAGAUCCUGUUCACAUAGAUCGACAGGUCAUGCUCUUCUCCGCGACCUUCCCCCUCUCCGUCAAGGACUUCUCCGACAAGAACAUGACCGCCCCUUACGAAAUCAACCUCAUGGACGAGCUGACACUUCGUGGUAUCACGCAAUACUACGCCUUUGUUGAUGAGAAAUCCAAAGUCCACUGUCUGAAUACCCUCUUCUCCAGACUGCAGAUCAACCAGUCCAUCAUCUUUUGCAACUCGACAAACCGAGUCGAGCUUCUUGCGAAGAAGAUCACCGAGCUUGGAUACUCCUGCUUCUACAGCCAUGCCAAGAUGGCCCAGCAGGCCCGUAACCGAGUAUUCCACGAUUUCCGAAACGGCGUCUGCCGUAACCUUGUCUGUUCUGAUCUCCUCACCCGCGGUAUCGAUAUCCAAGCGGUCAACGUUGUCAUCAACUUCGAUUUCCCCAAGAAUGCCGAAACCUACUUGCACCGCAUCGGUCGAUCUGGUCGAUAUGGCCACCUUGGUCUAGCUAUCAACUUGAUCAACUGGGACGACCGGUUCAAUUUGUACAACAUUGAACGGGACCUAGGCACCGAGAUUCAACCCAUCCCUCAGACCAUCGACAAGAGCCUCUACGUCUACGAGAAUCCCGAGAGCAUUCCUCGCCCCAUCUCCACCCUCAAGCCUGCUGGGGCCAGCCAGCCCAACGCGGCUACCCCCAGGGCUUCAAUGGGCAGCCUCAGGAUCAAGCACAGGCUCAGCAGCACCGUGCGCAGCACGCCCAGCAGCAGCAGCCCGCGGGUCCAACCCCCAACUUGA